GCACUGCUGCUGCUUCAAGCUCUGGAUCUGAUGUGUCCGGGUUUUUCGGUAGUUGCAAACUUGGCCACCAUUUCGCCACAACGACGACGGUUUAUCUCCUUAUCCCGCCGGGUUUGUCAAAAGGCAAAAUUUUCGCGCGCAUACGGUGCGAAUUUUGUGCGGAUCGACUGACGUUUUCACGAAUUUUCUUGGACCGCCGCCGCCGUGAUUUUGUUCCAUCAGCCUAAGCCUAAGAGAGGCCAGCCGACUAGCAUAGCCGUAGCUGCUGUGAGGAUAGGGCAGGUUCAGUCCAGGUGUACGGCGAUUUAGUGGAUCCUCCGGAUUUUAGUGGAACCCUGGAAGAGGGUUGGGUCGGGUAAGGAGGGGGAAGUGAAUGUGUGUGUACUCUUUUAAUUUCUUCAGCGCGCGCGACGAUUCGGAUAGUGUGUCCCCUUGGUGUCCUCGAUUGUUUGGCCCAAGGCUCUCUGGUGAGGUGCGGCAAAGAGGAGGGUGAAGCAGCGAACACCCUAGAGGAUUGCCCGGAGCAGUGGGUGAGAGGGCGAUGGGAGCUGAUGCAAUCAACAACAAUAAAGAAAAGUGCUAGUGCAACACAAUAAGACGACUCCAGCAGGAGUAAAUAUUCCUCUGGCCCCAUUUCACUUGGGUAGACACUCGACUCAGCUGCUGUGGAAAAUUUUCGGGGAGGACCCUCCUCGGGCAUAAUGUAGGAAACUCGGGGCAGAAACCGGAAAGCCCCGAGUCUUGAUCUGCUUGGCUGCUAGCGUCCGUUUCGGAUUCUCCUUCGGCGUUCCCGGUCUGCUAUGCACCACCGGCCAGAGGUGUCUAUCGGAGACGACUCGCCGAAACUGACCGCUGGAGCCGUGGAUCUUCGGUCUCGUAUGGAUUCAUCCCAUCCUACAGCACCGGUGUCCUACAAUAGCAGCAGCAACAAUAACAAACGAACCCAUCAUCAGCAGCAUCCGACGAGAGCAGCGGGAGAAGCAGCCGUCGUUUCAGUUUCGACCGUUAGCAGCAGCACCAGCAGCACAAGUCGAAGCUCCGAUCAACGACCACAAGAUUACUCAAACCAUCAUCAUCAUCAGCAGCAGCAACAGCAUCAUCAUCAACAGACCCAUCAUAGUCAGCAUCAUCAGAGUCAUCACAAUCAUCAUCAGCAGAGACUAGAAUAUCCGGAACAGCACUUCCACCGGUCGCAUUCGGCCCAUUCUCAUUCACAGUCCAGGGUUGUCGAGUCAUUUCCUCCGGCAAGUCGUCGAAAGCUAAGCCCCGGAAGUGAAAGUGCAGUCAGUUCUUCGACUUCGGCCGGAAAUCAUCGCAAUAGCAGUGCAGCGUUCCCUCCUGUAGGGUCAAGCUCAUCGUCCGCAGCUGGAACAAGUUUGGAUAGGAAUCCAGCUCUGCUGAGGCAUCACGCAUCGGCAUCUUCGUCUUCCGGAUCGGCUUCCGUUGCCAGUGGGCUAUCGGCGUCACUUAAAGAAUCCAGCAAGUGUCCCACUCCCGGCUGUGUGGGUCUCGGUCACGUAACUGGUUUAUAUUCACACCACAGAAGUCUUUCCGGUUGCCCACGCAAGGAUAAAGUUUCCUCUGAAUUACUAGCCUUACACGAACAGAUUCUCAAAUGUCCCACGCCCGGCUGUAACGGACGGGGACACGUCAGCGCUGGUCGUAACUCGCAUCGUAGUCUAUCCGGUUGCCCCAAGGCGGCCGCCAGCAAAGCCGCAGCCCGGGAACUCAAAUAUCAGAAUGGUUUACUCUUCCGUCAGAAGCUUCACUCGGCAGUUUUAAACUACCAGCAGCUGAACGAAUACCGCUCGACUCUCAUCAAUCACGCCCAGCACAGCCGUAGUCUUUCGCCAUUGGACUUCCGCACUACUGACAGUGACAGUUUAGACGAAGAACCACAAAAUUUAAAAACAACUGCUGAAAACAACAGCAGUAAAGAAUCGAGAAGAGAAACAGAACCGCAACCCUUACAACCACCGCAGGGAGAAGAGGUCAAAACACCCUCGAAAGAAGACCCGAAACCGGCGAUCAAAGAAGAGAAACCCGACUUCGAUUCGGAAUCGACAGGCAAUCGGGAAACGAUGCUCGACAGUAGCAGCUACAGCCGAGAGGCAGACUACCGAUACGGUGGUCACUAUCAAACGCAACACCAUCAACAGUAUACGAAUGGCCACUUGGGCUACGAAUUUGGCGGCUAUCCGGGUCGAUCGUACGAUCCAUACGAUGCCGGAUACGCUUCCUCGACAGCCGCUCGGUAUGCUCCCUACGGAACAGCAGCCGUUCAACCGCUGAUGGAAGACUACGGCGGCGUUACCACAUCCAGUGCAUCGGGACCGGUGGGGUUUCAACAGCCUCAAGGCCAGACCAUGGGUCUUGGCCUGUCGGAGUCUUCCCAGGUGGCAACAGCACCACAGGCCUCAGAGGCAUCGGCACAACCCCCUUCACAACAACCAACAGCUUUGAAAAUGGAACCGGACGAAGGGAACAACAACAAUUUGGCACCAGCAUCGGAUGGCCCAAUUUGCCCUCGACCAGUGUACCAACAGUACGAUUCCCAAUCGGAGAAUAUCCACAACAACAACAACAACAACAACAACAGCAGCAGCAGCAGCAACAACAACAGUCACACCAACAAUUCCACUACAAUUGGAACAAUCCAGUCUUUGGCGGUGACGGAGCCGGCACCACUGGCCACGGCAACGUCAACGAAAUUUUCGGCUAUCAAUUUGAGUGUCAAGACGGUUUCGGGGCCGAAUUCAGCGGCGGAAGCUUCUACUACCCGGGGCAGUAAAUCACCAGCAGUUGGAGAACGGCCGUCUUCUAGCAGCGGUACCAAGAGUCCGAAUCCGGCUUCCAACAGGGGUCGAACUGGGUCCCCCAUUGCUAGCCCCCAGAGGCAAACGCUGGAUCUGAGCGUCAAUCGCUUUCCGAAUAGCAGCACCGCAAGCCCACAAAACGUCCAACGCGCUCCGCCCUCCGGAUCUCCGGUGCCAAGAUCGCCGCAAGCGGAACCGGUCGAUUUCAGCGCUCCUCCCCGUGCGGCUAGCCUGUCCGGAUUCGGAUUUAUGGCCCCACCCCCAGCCAUGGCCUACAGCAGAGAAUCGACACCGGACAGCGCCUCUUCGCACUACAUCUCCGAUGGCUAUCGAGAUCAUAGUGCAGGUUACGGCAUGACGGCAAUGGAAUAUGCAGCGGCAACGGCCAAUCCCGGAGGUUACCCGGGUUACGGUGCAGCAGGUUACCAGGCAGCAGCAGCAGCGGCGUACGGGGCGCCUCCAGGUUCGCAUCAUCACCAUCCGCACCAUUCGCAUCUCUACACCGGAGCUUACGCGUCCGGAAACUACUCGAUGCCCCCACCUAGUCACAUUCCGUCGCAGGAUCGGAUGCUGAAAGAUGGACUUUCUGGUCUGGCCCGUUCGUAUCACCAUGCAAGCUCCCAAGAACUCAAAUGCCCUACUCCGGGUUGUGACGGAUCCGGACACUCAACUGGUAACUACGCCUCCCACAGGAGUUUGUCCGGUUGCCCGAGGGCCACAAAGCCGAAGAACAAACCACGCGACGGGUCCGAAGCGGAACCCUUGAGCAGAUGUCCUAUACCGGGAUGUGACGGCUCCGGCCAUUCGACUGGGAAAUUCCUUUCUCAUCGAAGUGCAUCCGGAUGUCCUAUCGCUAGCAGGAAUCGUCUUCGUGUGAUUGAUUCUGGAGGAUCCUUGGGUGGACCGAUCAAAUUUGGCAGCGAUUCUGGUUCCCCGUCACCAGGUUGUGACAUGUUAUCCGCUUCCAAAAAGAUGAAGUAUUCCGAUGAUGAGUCCGAUCGAUUGACAAAGAGCUUCGGUGGCAUUAACGACUUAGUCACCUCCAAUGACACUCGGAGCAGUGAAGCAAGUGACGGAUCGAUCGUUAACGCUCAAGCCCUCAGAGAGCAGAGCCAAUCUCAACAUCAUAACGAAAGCGGUAGAUACUCUGUUCAGGACUCCUUCCUGCCAUUGAAGGCAACAACUCCGAUAAGGUCCGACUCUCAAAGUGCUCCCAAUUCUUCUGGACCCACAGGUAACGGUGAAGAUCUUCUUUCGCUGGAAGCGGAAAUAACGGAGCUGCAGCGUGAGAAUGCCCGAGUCGAGUCGCAGAUGCUGCGACUCAAAACCGACAUCAGUGCGAUGGAGUCACAGCUAGAUCACGUCGAUCGGCAAAAAGUUGAUGCUCCACCAAACCAUGACGGCCAUGUAAAUCCUUACUAUGACGGCCUGCGAGGAAAUGUUAUCUCAAUGCUCAAAUCUUCAGCAUCAGAGCCAACCAGUAAUUCGAACCAGCCGGGAUUACCCCUAUCCAAUGGAAUGCUGGGAAACGUCACAAGUCCGAAACCCUACGAAAAACACACGACCGGAAGCAACAGCAACAACAACAAUAAUAAUAAUAGUGACAUAUUUGAAAAUCAGAACAGUCGUCCAGCGAUGGCUGUCAAUGAAUCUGAAAACUACAAUCGCCAGCCACAGCUACAGCAUCAUCCGCAGCAACAAUCACAACAGCAAUAUAAGUACGAUGAUUAUCAAAAUUAUCAACAAAAUACCCACAAUUCCCAAUCUCAUCUGGAACGAUCCCGUUACUAUGAAUCACAUAAAAUGAAUCCUGGAGUCGAUUACGGUAUUACAGCCAUUACUACUGGAUAAAGUCAAUAAAACCUUUAUUCCAGUGAUAUUCGUAUACCAACUUAAUCUGUGUAAAGGAGAUGUAAACGUCUAACAAAUCCAGUGUAUAACGAAUAAGCAACACAAACGUACAGAAGAAAUUCUUGAAAAGCUAAAGAUUUAAAAAUUAUAACAAAUAAUUGACAAUUAUUUUUAACGGAAAACGCUUAGAGCAUGUUUUCUCUACAUAUCAAAUAGAUGCACACCGGACAAAGCUGCUACGUGUUAAAACCUUCAUUUUACUGCAAUAUUUCAUCGCACGACAGUCUCCAUAUUUGAGCAGACAGCAUCUUAUUGAGUAAAAGCCCACACUUAACAUGAAAGGAAUACAGAAUCUCAGUAUUAAUAAAGCAAACAAAAAACAGCAGACGUAUACAAUCUCGACCAUGUAAUUAUGAGCG